AAAAAAAUAAAAAAUGCAUCCCAACUGGCGUGCUCUUGCAACUUUACACAUUCCUCUAAAACGUUUUGUGACCGAAGGUGCCACUAUCGAAGAACCCUCCUCAUCUGCUUAUAAAGAAAAAUACAAAGUUGCAAAUAUAAAUGCAAAAGAAAUCAAAGAAUUCUAUCAAGAAGUAAUAAAUGUCCCUGAAACAGCUCCAAAGCCACCAGUUGUGGUAGAGAAAAAAACAACUUCACGACAAUUCUCGAAACCAAAAGUUCCAUUCGAUCAAAAAAAGUUCUUUAAAGCAGCAGUGACAAAUGACAUUGAUACUAUUCGACAAUUCGAUUAUCGUGGAAAUGAUAUCAAUUCCACAGACUCAUUCGGUUGGACAGCUUUAAUGAUGGCUGCUUGCGAAGGUUCUGCCGAAGUCGUUGAGACUUUGAUUUGUUUAGGAGCUGAUCUUAAUGCUAGGGACAAAAGUGGCAACACUGCAUAUUCCCUAGCAGAGAAGAAACGAUUCUACAAUGUUCUAGAGAUUAUAUCGAAGAACACUCAAGAAUCAAUUGAGAUUGAAGACGACGAUGAAGAAGAUCAGAAUGUGAUCCAAAAAGAGUUCUUUUGCGAUGUUUGCAGACGCAAAUUUGAGGAGACUUCUCUUCGAGAUCAUGUCACUUCCACGGUUCAUCGAUUUAAUAUGAAAAAAGAAAAAAAAACCAAGAAUCGCUUCAGUAUUCCCUCGAAGAAUCGAGGUUUGAAAAUCAUGCUGAAGCAAGGUUGGGAUAAGGAAAGUGGGCUUGGUCCUACCAACACUGGGCGACUGUUUCCGGUGAAGACAGUCAUCCGGAAACCUAGAACAGGUCUCGGUACACAACAGGAACCACCGAGAGUUACGCAUUUUGGAGCGUAUGAUUUGAAUGCAAUCAAAUACGUUGAACGGCCUAAAGCCAAAAAUCGCAACGACAUUCGUCGAGAGAAGCAACUCGAUUGGAAGCGAGAACGGAGAUUACGACGAGAACUCUCCUAA